AGCAACCGCCCACCCAGUGCAGCAUCAGCAGCUCGCUCUGGGUGAAUGCGGUGCCGCAUUGAACAAAUAUUACGGACACGUGCUAUCAUAAUGCGCUGCAUAUUUUUAUCUUUCUCCCGCUGAAAUUGCCUCGGACAACGUUUACGCGGCGCAAAGACUAUAGGUGUGAAUAACGCGUACGCAAAGACUCUUCAAGUCUGGCGCGAUUACGUAGCGAUGCUCAUGUCCGGGAUACGGACGGGACUGGAGUCCUCGUGACUGCGGGAGGAAAAGGGGGAGACUGAUCCUAGGAUAAAACUCUCUCAAUAGGAACACCGUGGCUUUAUAAUAAUUAUUCAAAACAAACGGAUGCAUCAUGGGAGCAACAUAGCGAGCUUUUCUAAACAAACUGCCUCCGCGCGCCUGCUUUCAUUUCCUUUCGCUAACGGCUCUUCCCUUUUCUCUCCUGACACCGUUGUGCUUCAUGAGACGUGUUUUCCGAGCUCAGGUGGGGGCUGCGAGGCUCUCUAGUGGAAACUCGGCGAAGAUACACUUCGAUGCGAGCAGGACUCGGGUUGCGUUAUCCUCCUCCGCGGAGUAGCUAGAAGGCCAAAGCUGCUCCGCUCGGCCUGCUGAAGGCUCUGGGUACCGCAAUGCCGCGGGGAUGGGGAGAGAGAGUCGGCAGGUGGGCGAUGGAGCAAGCCAGAUCAAGGGAGAUCGGAGAAUGCAGAUGUACGACGCCAAGAAUAAAUGUUGACACAACAUAAGUAGAGUUUUAACAGCUGUGGAGGUCUAACUGCAUAUUUAAAGAAGUAUCGUCACAUAUUAAACCGAGUCAGUUAUAGUCCCAUCAUUUAGUAAGUGUUUCAGUGGCCAUAAUGCCCUCGCCGUCGGACUCCAGCAGCGUGGCCUCGAUGUCAGGGUCCCGAGGUUUGUCCGGUAGUCGCCGGGGGAUGUCUGGGAGGACCAGUGCGCGCGUGCUGCUGUACCUGGGCUUGUGUCACCUUGCGCUGGGGGCCAUGGUGCUGGCCUUCAGCUUCACAAGCCUCGCCUUCACCUCAUCACCCCGAGUCAGACAGUCCUGUCCUUUCUGGGCUGGCUUCUUUGUUGUGGCGUCCGGAGUAGUUGGUGUGAUAUCAUGGAGGAGGCCCUUCACUCUCGUCGUGUCGCUGUUCAUGCUGCUGUCUGCAGUGUGUGUGAUUCUCAGUCUGGCUGGUUCCAUGCUCUCAUGUCAGAAUGCACAGAUGGUCAAAUCUUAUGUUACCUGUCAGCCGGGGAAUCAUCUAUGUCUUUGCUGUGACCCCAAGCAGACGUGCUCUCUAACAGAAGAUGAGACACUAGUGCUCUAUCAACAUAAAGACUGUCACUCUGUGCGUCACCAGCUCAAGGAUCUGCUGUUCAGUGCCUGCGGUCUUAGUAUUCUCUCUACCAUUAUCUGCACUCUAUCCACGGUCACCUGCAGCAUUCAUAUCUUCUCUCUGGACCUACUGCAUCUACUGGCUCCUCAUCGCUCUCGCUCUGUAAACCCAGAAUGCACCACUCCUCAGGAUGCAUUUCUUAGUAACAUGAUGGACUUUGAGGAGUUUGUUCCACCCAUUCCACCGCCACCUUACUACCCUCCAGAAUACACCUGCAGCUCUGAGACCGAUGCACAGAGUGUCACAUAUAAUGGAUCAAUGGAGAGUCCAGUACCUCUGUACCCAACGGACUGCCCUCCUCCUUAUGAGGCAGUGAUGGGUCAAAGAGCUCCCAGUCAGGCCACAGUGUAUGACACUCAAGCCGGUGAGCUGUCCGGAGAGAGAGGAACAUCCACAGCAUUCAGUGGUGAAGUGUCAAUGGACAGUGGCUCUCUGUUGAUGUCUGAGAUUGUGGAUAUUCCAGAUGACAGCUCCCCAUCUGAGGACUCCUGCCUCAUGGAAGUGGGUGUCGGUGUGCGGGCACGGCCACGGGGGGGCAGCGAGGGAGGGGAGGGGGGGGAGUACGCCAGCCUCCGUUCUUCCACACAACAUCCGGAGGGAAUGAUGGCCGCUCCUUCCGGAAGACGCUGUUUCAGAGGCGAGAGGUCGAACUCCUGCUCCUCCCCGAGCACUUACAACACCUCUACAUACAGGUCUCCAGUUUUGAGGCGUCAAGCUCUGUUGGCGAGUAGCUGCUCUCAGUUGGAGUUCCUAGCCGGAUCUCAGCAUUCCUCUAUCCCAGAAAUCCGAGUUCGUCCCAGCACUCCUUCCCGACGGGACUCCUCAUCUGCAUUUAGUAACCCACCUACCACAGCUCCAACAGGUCCUGCUCAAGACCGGCCAGACCACGCAGUACCGGUGCUCCUUCCGCGGCCAGGUUUCCGUGAGCAAAUUGGACGUGAUAGAAAAGACAGCGACAGCUUCUUACCUCUCAUGAGGUCACACAGUGAACCGGGACUCAGCUCUUCAACUGACACAGGUGAUUUCAGUCUCUCAGGAGGCAAUAAAGGAGUCAGUGAGGGGGGAUCGCAGACCUCAUCAGAAACAGGGGUAUCGUCUGGAGCUGGUUUGCUGCCUCGCUCCUCUCUGGCACUUCCUGCUUCCCUGCCCAGAAAGGGCAGUAUUAAGGCUAUAAGUAGCCGGUUGCCCUCAAAACAAGUCCCAGCCACCUCGCUGCGUUUACCCAAAGACUGUGCACGCUCACUUGGAGACCUUAAGGUAACCAAAGUUUUAGUGCAGCGUUUCCUGCAGAGAUCCAAGCGUAACUUAGCCCCUGCAACUGAACAUACCGGGAACUGUACUCAGGGGCCUAAAAGGAGGACAGCAGGUGAUGGAAAUCUGGCGUUAGAACAGGUGCUUCGUAACUCUCUGGGGGCCAACAGGGGGCAGCAGCAGCACGUCCACCACCACUGCCGUGGACACCAUCACUCCCAUAGUGACAGUCGUCAUAACGCCCGCCGCCACGAUGAUGACCCUGUAAGGGCCGGGGGAAUCCACUUGCGUAGCUGUGGAGACCUCAGCUCGACAUCGGUCGCAUCGCUGCGCAGGCUCCACCCACCGCCGCACGGAUCAUCAGGGGCUCUUUACUCAGAAUCUGCCCUCUGAAAUGGAGAGAGGGAUUCUGGAAUAAAUCACAGCUGGAUUCAGGAGAGGGGGCAGAGAAAAUUUGAGGAGGGAUGAUGUGAAGCAGAAAAAUACGCUGUUCGAAAAACAUCGGUUCUUACCAUAAUAAGACCAAGCACUAAACCCAAUAUAACGGAGUUUAACCCUCUGCUCUCUGUGCCUGACAAACUCCGGUCUUUUUUUAUGUAUUUCCAUCUAUUUUUUGCUCCAUCUAGUGCUUAUUUCUCGCUCACUGUUUACAUGGAUGUGGAAAGAAUGCAGCACCCCCAAAACUGUUGCUUGUCUUCACAGCUCAUUACAGUGCACUCAUGCAGCUACAAGCAUACAACCAUAUGUGUGGCUCUGACUGUGUUGCGAACUUAAGGGAAUUGACAGGAGUAAUUAAAGGAUUUAAGUAGAUUUUAAGGGAAUACACAAAAAGAAAAAAAAAGUAAAAUAAGCAUGAAUUCAGUAUGACAUAUUUGCGAAUAUUACGUUAAGUUAAAAUAGAUACACAUUUAUUUUUUUGGUACCCCUAAUAGUUUGCUUAUCACUGGAUAUCACUUUCAGUCAUUUAGCAUUUUUGUCUUAAAAGUUGUCAGAUAUUAAAUGGUUAACUACUUACGUCUUACCUUACAAUCUUUCACUGGAAUUCAUGUUUCUGUGAACAGUAAGGCCUGCCUUUUUGGUUCUGAAAGGUCAUCUCAGUCAUUUUGACACUGAUGAGAGCUGUUAGACCAUUGAGGCAGACCAGCCUAAAAUGUAAUUUUUUUUAAAUGUAACGUUUUGUCAUCCUAACAGCAAACAGAGCAACAUAAGGAAUAUCAAAUAUUGGGAGGGACAAUUUGGCCAUUUUUGAAUAUUGUAAUGUGCGUGUCUAUCAUAGUUACGGCCCUGCAAACAUACACAUGCGCACUCAAAUGUGGUUUUAACUCUGAGCCACGUAACGCUUUUCACUAAACCCGUUUCACUAAUCACCAAUUUUAUUGUAGCUAAUUACUUCAAACAUCAUCUGAGGAGUUGAUGCAGCAAUGGAUUCAUUGUCUUUUUUUAGUAAAAGUGCACGUUUUCUCUAAAUCAGCUAAGAUUAUUCAAUUGGGGCUUUGAUCUUUUGCUUCUGUCUGUCUCUCAUGGUGUAAUACUUUCCUAGAAUGCCUCUGCAUGCAUUGAGCGGGCUAGUUUUCUCUUUUUGAUUGAACACCAAAUGCACACAGAUACACAAAACAUGCUUGUGACAAAACUAGAUGCCACUAAUGCAAAUGUUUGAGGGGAUUUUGGGUUUAAUAAUAAUGAUAAUACAGAAGAUUCUCUGGCAAUAAGCAUAUUGUAUAUAUUGAACUAUUACAGGAAAUUGGAACCUCGUAUUGACUGAUACCUAUGAAAACUGGACGCUUACUGGAAGUGAGAAUGAACGCUGUCAAACUGAUGUGUUUUAGGAUUUUCAAUGUUCCGGACAGUUUGGGAAUAAUACUUUGGAAAGACAGCCGUGGACGUCUGCUGUAUCUGCUUUGUUGUAAUCGGAAAUGGAUGUACACCUGAAGGAAUAACUGAAGUUGCCAAUUGUUUAGAAGUGCUUUGGAAUGCUAGCUAAUGGCUUUGAAUCAGUAGCAAUGUUGCUAAAUAAUGCAUUAAUACAAUUCCUCUAUAUGUAAAUAAGUUUGAUGCACGGACCCUCGCGCUCACACACAUUCUGCAACUUUGAAGCACUGAAACCAAGUCUGAAAAAGAGCUUGAUAUUCUACCUCUUGUAUUGCAUACACUGACAUGUUAUGGCCCAGUGGAAUAUUUUAAUUAAUUUAAGGAUUUUAUGGACUAUUUAUGAAACAACUUCUACACUGACUGAUGAAAACACUGUUAUUCUGGGAAUAUGAUGCCUAAAAAGAACAUUUAAAACAGCUCUACUUCAUGAACUUUUAAUGCAACUUAUGUAAAAUCACAACAAUAAAUGUAUACACAUCAAAUU